AUGGCUCUCCUGACCUCCAGCCGCAGGCCCUCCAUCUCCUCCUCCUCCACCUCCUCCUUUCGCUCCACAGCCCAGCACAGCAAUCUGUACAGGGCCGAGGAGUCCAUGGACCCCCUGUUUGGGACCUACCUGGACCCCCCUCCUGCUGACCAGCUGAGUCUGCACACGGAGGAAGGACCAGGAGGACCAAAAUGUUCCUCUCCCUACAGCUGGCACAACCGCUCCUCCUUUGGCAACUCAAUUUCCUUGGGCAGUUCUCUGAUGGGACGUCCCAGCAGCAUCAGCAGUAACAGCGCAGGGGCCGGAGGAGGGGUGCUGUGCCACGGAGAAUCGUACUCCGUGUCGGUGGACGUCAGUCAGUUCGAGCCGCAGGACGUGGUGGUGAUGGCGUACCACCAGCACAUCGUCAUCCAGGCUGCAAAGAUUUUGGACGGCGGCAGAGUGGGUGACACUUUUACCCACAAUUCCCUGCUCCCCGAGGACAUGGACCCCCUGUCUGUGAGUGGGAGGGUGAGCUCAGAUGGAGUGUUGGUUGUCAGCGUCCAAAGAAACGUCUCCCAAACGGAGCCUCCUGGGCCCUGUUCAGCAUGA